CACCAUAUUCGGAAAGAUAAAGCGAUCAUGAAGCCAGAACCUCUCUUUGGGUUUGCUGCCCUCAUCUUACCAGCCAGCUUCGGGGCCGCAUCAGAUUCAGCAAAAGUAUUGUACGAUCAAAUCCACGAGAUAAACCACAACACCUCCUUGCUCCAUGACACGAAAGCACCCGGUUGGGUCUCAGCACCCACCAGGAGGGGCACAACCAGCAUUUUGUGGAGCUGUUUGCUGACGCUUUUCACCUGUGUCUACACGGCUCUCCACCUCAACAUCCCCGAGCGAGGCAUCACAAACGUUCAGCUUGUGGCUAAGAAGAUCAAGUGGAUGUUUAUUACCCUUUUGUUCCCCGAACUCGUCUUGUUUUACGCGUCUGCGCAGUGGUGGAAAGCCAAGAAGAUGGCUGACGCCUUGAGCCUUGAGGAGAAACAACAGCUUCAAAUCAGCGGACCACCCCAACUCGGAACUUUUCACAAAGUCGUGAAUAAGAUGCUCAAGCAAAAUGCCACGAGAAGCACAGGCGACAUUGAGAAGAUUUGGAGUCGUGAGAGCUCCAGCUCAAGCACCAUUAAUGAUAGUUGCAUUUUCGACCUCAAAUAUGGGUUUUAUGUUUUGAUGGGAGGGCUCGAAGCUGAACUGGACGGAAAAGACAGUCAUCUUGUCCCAUCAUGGCGCGCUGCUUCUAGCCCAGAAGGAUAG